AUGACCAUCGCAGGCAUCAAGAGGCCACUAUCAGCCGUUGAGCUGGAUGGCGAACAUGGAUUACAUCGCAAGAUCACUCGAGUCAACGGCUACGAGUCGGAUGGUAUCGGAACUCGAUCCGCACCAGAGCGACACAAUGGAGGUCAUUCGACCAGCAUAUCGCGAGACAUAUCACGAGAUAUAUCCCGAGACUCAACACCUGGUCCUAUUCUCCACCGACCUAGCGAGCCACCUGCCUUUCCCGCCGAUGUCUCUGUCGUCCUGACUGGCAUUCGAGGCUCUGGCAAGUCGACGCUGGCCAUCAUUGCAUCAACGGCCAUGAAGAGGAGAGCCCUCGACUGCGAAAAGGCAUUUCAACAAGCCACCGGCUCGACCAGUCUGGCUUACAAGAGAGAACAUGGACCUGUUGAAUGUCACCGUCGCCAGGCCCAAAUCCUUCGCGAGGUCCUGACCCAACACGCCAAAGGCUGUCUCAUCGUCUGCUCAUGGAUGGAGCGUGCUGUGCAAAGCCUCCUUCGUGAUUUCGCCAGGACGCAUCCAGUAGUCCACAUUCUCCGGGACGCGAAAGCCAUCCAGGAACACCUCAAGAUUGACGACGACGACAAAACGCGCAAUCUUUUGAACGCCAGCAGCGCCAUCUUCCGCAGCUGUAGUAACCUCGAGUUCUUCAACGUAUCCGAGUCACCAGUCGAGGCGUCCAAGACGCACUCACCCAGGGGCAGCGUCCCCUCGAACCAAAAGCCACCAGCGCCAUACCUGACUUUGAAGCGUGCCGAGCGCCAUUUUCUCAAAUUCCUCUCACUCGUCAUGCCGACUGGUUCCAUCCCAUUCAUCGAGUCUGCCUUUCCUCUGGCCUCCAUUCCUACCGAGGAUCGACGCUUCACUUAUGCCCUCUCCGUGCCUCUCUCGCGAUUACUUCGUGACGAGGUCGAUAUUGAGGAUCUAGAGACCGGAGCUGAUGCCAUUGAAGUUGUGGUAGACGACAUUGCUUUGGCGGUGAGCAAGACGGGACAGGCACCAACGCUCGACUCGGAGAAAGCCAAUGAUAUUUCAAGAGUAAUCGGCUACAUACGAAGAAGCACCGUCAUCCCCAUCAUCUAUCAUGUUGUUCUGCCAGCAACUACGCUCGACAGCUCGUCCCUUGAAACAGUUUACAUGGAAUAUCUCUUCCACGGUCUGCGACUCGUACCCGAAUACCUUACCGUCGAUCUGAGGCUGGGCGACUAUGAAAUGUCUCAUGUCGUCGCCUUGAAGAGGAAAUCCAAGAUCAUGGCACACUUUACCUGUGCUGCGGUCAACGGCCCAACAUGGCAUGAUCCUGUCUGGCUCUCACAUUACCACCGUGCCCGAAGCCAAGGCUGUGAUGUCGUUCGUCUCAUCAAGCCAGUGACGACCAUCAAGGACAAUUUCGACGUCGAUCGGUUCAAGGGACAGGUUGAGGCUUUGGAUGGUCGCCACAUGCCUUUAGUAGCGUACAACUCAGGGCCACGGGGACGACACUCGGCCUGCAUGAACCACGUCCUCACAAGUGUUGUUUCGGAGCCUCGACUGAACAAUGGUGGUGCACCCGAUGAUCUGGGCCAGCCUCUUAUCACUGCGCAGCAGGCGACUCAGGCACUGUAUGGGUCAUUCUUGUUCGAUCCCAUGAAGCUUUAUGUCGUCGGUGCCAAGGUUGACUACAGUCUUUCCCCAGCCAUGCACAACGCGGCCCUGCAGGCUCUUGGGAUCCCCCACGAUUACCGCCCUUACUCCACGCCGACACUUCGGGGAUUGAAAGACCUGAUCGAGGACCCGUCCUUUGCCGGUGCCUCAGUCGGCCUGCCCUUCAAGGUUGAAAUCAUCACCUUGACGCAUUCUCUUAGCCGUCACGCGCGGGCCAUCGGUGCGGUCAAUACACUAAUCCCCGUCCGACGACUGAAUCCAGACGGCACGAUUCCCGAGGACGAGAAAUUGUUCAAUUGUCGCAACCGCGCCGGUCCCGUCCGGGCAUUGUAUGGAGACAACACUGAUUGGGUCGGCAUCCGGGCCUGUCUUCGCCGUGGACUGUCCCCCGCGAACGCGGUGCGUCCGACUAGCUGUGGCCUCAUCAUUGGUGCUGGCGGUAUGGCAAGAGCGGCCAUCUACUCUAUGCUGCAGCUUGGUGUGAGGAACAUCGUGGUCUGGAAUCGUACAAUUGCCAAUGCGGAGAAGAUGGUCAGCCAUUACACACAACUCCUCUCUCGUCGCGACCUGCCAUUUCUGAGCGCCAGCUCGGAGAUCGAAACACGUUUCCACGUCCUUGGAAAGCUCGACGAGCCAUGGCCAGCAGAAUUCCGGUCGCCAACUCUCAUAGUUUCCUGCAUCCCGACGCACAGUAUCGGCGAUGUGCCAGCACCCAAUUUCGUGGCACCAUCCGCCUGGCUGGAAAGCCCUACAGGCGGUGUCCUUGUCGAUCUUGGGUACAAAACACUCGACACGCCCAUUCUCGACCAGGUUCGCAAGCUUUCUCACAAGGGCUGGGUUACAAUGGAUGGCCUCGACCUCCUGCCGGAACAGGGCUUUGCGCAAUUUGAGCUCUUCACCGGCCGGCGUGCACCGAGGCGACUUAUGCGGCGACAUGCUUUGGCGCAUACACCGACGAACAGGGCCAGUCGAACCUUGCUCAAUUGCAACCCAGGCUGA